GCGAGCGGGAGAGGGGGAUCGGCGGGGCUGACUGACUGGCUGGCUGGCAUUUUUGUGUUUUUGCGGAGGGACGAGGCAGCGCAGCAUGCGGGACUGGGGUGGUCGUGACGAAGUGAUGAUGAUGAUGAUACAAUUUCAUGGCUGUACAAGCAAGCUCGUUGUUGCGUGUCGCUUCAUUUUUUCUCUCUUUUCCCUUCGAGUCUUGGCUCGGCAGACGCUGCUCGUCUCGCUCGCCUGCUGCUCGCGGAGACUGUCGUUGUCGCCGUCGCCCUGCUGGCCCUUAUGUCCUUUCUUUCCCAACAUCAUCAUCUUCGCCUUUACCUCUCUCUCUCUCUCUCUCUCUCUCUCUCUCUCUCUCUCUCUCUCUCUCUCUCUCUCUCUCUCUCUCUCUGUUUCUCAAUCUCCCUCACUCCUUUUCUUGUUCCUGCUUUUGUUCUCGCCCUCUCGGUGGCACACUGUUGCCGUGGCUCGGCUGCUCUGGGCUAGACAGCGCAACACAGUCAGUGGGGAGCGGUGGAAAUGGGAGCAGAAAACGAAGACGAGGAGGGAGAAGAAGGCGGAGCGCGGCAAGGGGUUGGUCGAUUGGCCACGCAGGCACACGCGAGGAAGCGUUUCCUGCACGCGCUUGUUGUGAGGCUCUGCUCUGCGCUGCGCUGCGCUGCGCUGCGCGUCUUCGCAGGGCGUAUGCUGGCCGUCAGCGUCUGCCGUACGCGCACUUCUUUGUCAGUCAAUGCCUUUGUCCAGUCCAGCAGCAGUGCAGCGCAGUGCGAGCGCGUUCCACGCUCAGGGAAGGAAGAGGAGGGUCGUCCCGGCGGUGGUGGUUGUGGUGGUGGGAGGGGAGGGGACGAGAAGCUAGAGUAGCUUGCUGCUAGCUCAACUGCUGUCUGAGUGGUUGGUCUUCUGCGUCGAGGAGGGAGGGAGGAAUGGAGGGUGAGAGGGAGUUGGGCACAUAUCUAUGCAUCACCCAUCUACCUACCUACUACCUACCUAGCCGGCUGGGCCCAGCUACAUCUAAUGCUAUGUUACCUAUGCUAUGCCAUGUUUGCUCGUUCGGUCGUGCUGU